GCCGCCGCCCCCCAACCGGAUACACCAAAUUCUCCCCGUUACAGCGUCAGUCCCUUCUCCCACCUCCCUCUCAGACGCAUCCGCUCGCUUCGCUCCUCGCCUCAGAGCGGCUGUUUUCCCUACGCGCAUGCGCUCAAACCUUCGGGCCAUAUCGGGAACGGAGCCGUUUGAGCGUCGCCGAGGCGCGCGCUGGCCUCGAGGCAGUUCCCAUGGAGACCGAAGGAGCGGCCGCAAAGCAAAGCCGGUCGCGCUCGCUUUUAUGACAACUGCUCCGCCGGGUGCCGAUUCAUGGCAGCGGGGGUGACUGUGAUGGCGGCGGCGGCGGCGGCCGGAGGGCCGGUGUUGAAUGGGGCGGACGCGGGCGCCGCGGGGCUGAAAGAGGCGGCGGGCAUGUACGAGCAGCUGAGGGCGGAGUGGAACCGCAAGAACCUCAACCUGAGCAAGUGCGGCGACUUGCUGGGCCGACUCAAGUUAGCUCUGCUUGAACUCAACUUUCUGCCCACUACAGGCACAAAACUGACUAAACAGCAGCUUAUCUUGGCAAGAGAUAUCCUAGAAAUUGGAGCACAAUGGAGUAUCCUGAAGAAAGACAUCCCAUCUUUUGAGAGGUACAUGGCGCAGCUGAAGUGCUACUACUUUGAUUACAAAGAUGAGUUACCAGAGUCAGCCUACAAGCACCAACUGCUGGGCCUCAACCUUCUCUUUCUAUUGUCUCAAAACCGUGUUGCUGAGUUCCACACUGAGCUUGAAAGGCUGCCAGCAAAGGACAUUCAGACGAAUGUCUACAUCAAGCACCCUGUAUCUCUGGAGCAGUAUCUGAUGGAAGGCAGUUACAACAAAGUCUUUCUGGCAAAAGGCAAUAUCCCAGCAGAGAGCUAUGCUUUCUUCAUCGACAUCCUAUUGGACACUGUCAGGGAUGAAAUUGCCAGCUGCAUUGAAAAAGCCUAUGAGAAGAUCCUGUUCAAUGAGGCCACACGCAUGCUCUUCUUCACUCCCAAGAAGAUGACAGACUAUGCCAAGAAGCGUGGUUGGGUUCUAGGCCCAAACAACCACUACUGUUUCAUGGGCCAGCAGCAGAAACCCGAAGAUGCCACCAUCCCCUCGACAGAACUAGCCAAACAAGUUAUUGAAUACGCUCGGCAGCUGGAGAUGAUCGUCUAGCAUGCUGCAGCCACCAUAGGCUGGGACUGUGGGCUUCUGUUUUUUCUCAUUCUAGUCUUUGUAAUUCAGUUCCCAUUCAGCUGGCAGUCAUUUUGCUUAUACCGAAAGGGUAGGGUUCUCACUUUUUUUUUUUUUUUGUCCCGGGAUGCCAGAGUAAAAAAUUGUGCCUACUCCUGUGUCAUUAACAGUUACAUUGUUCCUUGGUCCCAGGUGGAAAGAUAUUCUGGAUGUGAAUGGGAGGGGACUGGUUGAUCUUGGGCUUUUCUGACCUCAGAGGGGUAGAAAUCGCCUUUAUAAUUGGCCCCCUAGUGUCAUAUGCCAGCCUAUCCUUUGCUAAUGGUCAAAAGUAAUGCCAGGAAUGUCUGGUUGCACUAGAAACAGAGACUUUCUCUGCAGCACAGGCUUAAGCUGGCCUCCCAUAAUUACGCUCUGACUUUGGGUUUUUAUUUGGUACCUCGCUGUCAUCUUUUGGUGCAAGUCACUUAAAGGAAUGGCUGUAGGUUAAAUAAACACAAUUUCUUAUACAAA